CUGAUGCUCCGCCCCAAUGCUAAAGACACGUCAAACUUGGACCAAUAAUAAUCAAGCAUUCAAUAUGGACGUUUGCCAGAACAAAACAGACAAUUUUUCAACAACACCGUCAAAAUCCUCUUAGCCAGUGAUAAAAUUAAGGCACUCUGACCUUAUUCAUUCUCAAAGCCUCAUUCAGGGCCCCCAAAGCUCCGGGGCCCCGGGCUGCUAAAAUCUAAAAUCCGGGCUUUGCUGUUCCCUUCCAGCCCAGCAGGCGGCGGAAACGGACCUCAGGUGACCCCCAGCGGAAGUAGAAGAAAAAAGGCUCAAGCAGCAACACGGACUUGCGAUCCGCCAUUAUAGCAAAGUUAGAAGUUAGAAAACGGUUGUUUUAUCGUUUCUCAGCUAAUAUUUCAGCAACCAUGUCUUCAGCUCAGCAUCUCAGAGAUUUUAUCAGAGAGAGACUAACUGCUGCUGCUCAAGAAAUCUUCACUGAGGUCGAAAAAACCAUCAUUUGCUACGAGGAGCAGCUCGAUGCUCAGCGCAGGAUGAUGGGGAUCAACUGGAAACCACAGAUAAAACUCAACAGAAUCGGUUCGGAGCUGCAGAGACAAAGUUCUGCAGACAUCCUACAGCAACAUGUCUGGAAGGAUGAGAAAGAUCCGAUGCAGAAGGUCCAAAAGCGUUUUGAGGGGACAUCCAGUCUGGACCGGGAGGAACCAGAAGCUUCACAGAUUAAAAAUGAACCGGAGGAACUCUGCAGCAGACAGGAGCCUGUCAACCUUCUGGAGAAACCCAGUGGUCAGGACAGGGAUUUUCAUGAAGUAGAACCAAACACUAAAAAACUCUGUCAUAACUACUCAUCCUUAACAUGUGAUGUUUGUGGAAAAACCUUUAAAUCAAAGUAUAAUUCUCAGGUGCAUCACAGAAUGCACUUGGGUUUAAAGCCAUUUGUUUGUACAGUAUGUGGAAAAGGUUUCUCUCAAAAAACUCAUUUAAAGGGCCACAUAAGCAUCCACACAGGCGAGUGGCCUUUUUAUUGCAAAAUAUGUGGCAGAGGUUGUGUUGACCGUCGGCGCCUGAAUAAUCACAUGCGUACCCACUCAAGGGAGAAAUCAUUUACUUGUGAAAUAUGUGGGAUAGGCUUCACCCUGCUGAGCUCAUUGAACUCCCACCUGAGGAAACACAACAGAGAGAGACUAUUUUCCUGUCCAACAUGUGGUAAAAUAUUCACCCGCAAAGUUUCCCUCAAAGCUCACAUGUGGGUACACACAGGUGAGAAACCUUUCUCAUGUACAGUAUGUGGAAUUAAAUUCAGGACAGCCAAUGGAAUGUACAGCCAUAAAAAAUCACAUAAAGACGAGGAAACAAAUCUGGUUUAAUGUUCAGGAAGACUGAAUUAUUGUUUUUUAAAUGGGGUUUUGUAGGCAGCCAUAAUCCACACUAAUGGAUUAAAUAGACAUCUGGUAAUUUAGUUAUUGUCACCAUGGUGAACAUUUUCUUGAUGGUGAAAAUGUUCACCACUGAAAUUGCAGUGGAUUUUUCCUGAAGGAUAAAUAAUAUUUGGACAAUCAGCUUUCUCAUUUAUAACAGUAAAACAGAACUCCAACAGAAUUAAAAACAUUAUGAUUUAAAACAGAAAAAUACAUUAAAUCAGAAAUAACAUCAAUAAUUUGAUCAGUUAACAUAAUUAUCAGGAAAUUAGUAGUUUAGUCAAAUGUUCUGGAGAACCCAGGCUGGUUAGUGGCUGAUGGGAAUAGCAGGUUCUACCAGAACUUAUGUUCACUGUUUGAUAUUUGGACUUUUUAAAGUAAUUUACAAUCUUAUGUUUGCUGUACAGAUGCUCUGUAUUGUUUUCUGUAAAGCUGUUCAUGUUUUAGUGAGUCGGGGACGUUAGCACUGAUGCUAACAUCUGAUGUAAAUCAUAUUUUCCUUUGUGGUUAAUUUUGUGUUAUUCAUGGUUUUUGUUGAAUAAACCAGAAAUGUAAUUAGAA